CCCAUGACAGUAAAUGGCCUGAUCUUCUCAUUGUUGUUGCUGACAAGGAGAACAUAACCCGUGGCUAUAUUGCUGAUCCCGUCAUUCUGACCUUGAGACUUCGACUGCCCAAUAAUAGGACCAACAUGUAUUGUGCUCGAUGGGCCCCUAGUGCAUCAGAUGAAACGUAAGAAAACUUGUUAAUCCACUGAACCCCAAACCCCAGUUGUACUGAUGAGACCCUGUAAUGGCCAGAACAGCCCACUGGACUUCUCUUUACAAGUUGUCUAUAAAAAAUGAAAAUCUUAUGAGAAACGAGACCAAGGGAGAUUACUUUUUUUUUUUUUGGUGUUGUUUUUAUAGAUUGGCAGAGUGUUUAUUAUUUUAAUAGCAGAUUUAUUUAUUUUCUAUUUUGAUUCAUGAGAUUGUGAACGAAAAUUAAUUUAUUUCAUAGAUGCAAAAUUGAUCUAUUUAAAAUAAAUUCUAAAUAUAUUUAUAGUAUAGGUGGAAUUAUCCCCGUUUAUCUGGGGUUUCAAAUCAAAAAUAUUCUGAGCGCCCAAAAUUGCAUGGGUUAGAUCUAAGUACCAAGUGUGCUUCCUAGUACAUCUGUCAGAUGAAAUUUAAGACUUGUUCUAAAUGUAAGUGACACAAACUAUUCCGUUACAUUUAUAUUCUGGCUGACCAAAAAAUAUAUUAUAUUAGAUUAUUCCUAAAUCUGUGUCUAGCAUAAGUAAAUGUAGAUAUAUACAACCUGACUUUUAUGUUAAAACAUCAGACAUAAUAAUAUAUUUGGAGGAAAUAUGUUCUAAUUUUGUUUUUUUUCAUUCUAAGAUACUUAACAAAAACAUAAGUCGGCAAAGAAACUUAAGUGGCUCAAAAUGUUUUAGCAUGUCUGUUUUACUUCUUUGAUGGCUUUGUAAAUGUGUUUAUCCUACCAGGUCUUAAGGUACGUUCUAACAGCAGAUUUGUUACAGCCACAAAUAUGACACAGACAUUCCAUGGGGGUAUUCUCACUGAGCAGGCACAACUGUAACAUCUGAUGUGGAACUUUUGAUACAAUUUUAAUAUAUUCGCUACUAUCAGCAACCUGCGGCUGUAUGAGUCUCUUUAAAUGAAUGAAUUCUGAUUUUUUUCUUUUUCUUUAAAAUAUGAAUUUUACCAGUAGCAACAUACAUUUUAAAAAAAUCUUUAAUUAACUCCAUAUUUUUUAAAGAGGACAUUUUUCCUCUGAGGUCUUCUCUUGUCUGGCCCACUCCAAUGAAAUCAAACAUGUCAUUUAUUUCACAAAUUUUAAUAUUCGGACUAUAAAAUACGGCUAUCAUCAAAUACAGCUAAUAAUUAGAAUUUGUUAACAAGUCAGCUUAUGUUAAAUUCAUCAAGUUAGUUUUGUGACCACUCCCUUUUCCACCAGUUGCUAUGCUACUAACCUGUCAGCUGAUAAUGCAUGAGCAUUGAUCAAAAUAUGACGGGAUUGUUUUUGUUAAUUGCCGGCCAACAGUUAAUAUACUGCAACACUCGACAAACCCGUGAAAAUGAAAUUUGGUAGGUCUGUUUUUGUUGCAACAAGUAGCAUGUGAUCACAGAAAAUUGAGAAUCCAAGUUACAAAAAGUAACAAAUCCGCAGUGUGAAAGUACCUUUAAAUGUGUCUAUAAUUUUCCUUCUCCAGUUCUGGGACAUGGACUGCGGCAGGUUGUAGGGUGAGAAACACAAGUUGUCGAAUCACCGUCACCUCUGAACACUGUGAGGAAUUUUAUGUUACCUGUGAAUGUAACCACCUGUCAACCUAUGCUGUCAUCAUUGAUAUAGCUGAUGGAACGGUAAGAUUUUGUUACAUUAACUGUCAAAAAUGUCUUGUAACAUUAAUGAAGUUCCAUGAAAAAAAAAAUGCUAAAAAACAAACAAAAUAAACAGGGAAUAAUUGAAUCCUUGAGGAAUAAAACACACGUCAAAAGGGAGGCAAUACUACUUUUGAUAAUUUUAAUCAGGAAUAAUAAAAAAAAGUAAAUCUAAACAUUUUCUAAAUACAUGUGCUCACAAAGGGCAACUAUUUAAAAAAAAUUGAUUUUAUCAAAAGGAAUCAUUUCCUUUGCGGACACUGUGUACACACGUUUGGUAGUGAUAUCUUGUGGGCACAACGUAUGUACAAACAUGUGGUAUUCAUAAUGUUAUAUAUUCCUGUAGGCCUUACUUCCUGCUAUCACUGAUAUGGAGGCUGUGACCUAUGUGCUGACCACUUUUUCAUUGAUGCUGAUGUUGCUCUCAUUCUUUGUCCUCUUCACAUUCAAACGCCUGCAAUGUAACUGGAACAGCAUUCGCAUCAACCUCAUCUUCACCAUCUUCAUUGUAGACUUGGCUUAUGUGAUUGGAAUCAAUAAAACAUCUCCAAAGGUAAGUUUUCACCUGCCGACCGUAUCGUCUAAAGUUAUAAAACAUUUACUUAAUAUGAGUCCAGUCGUAGGAGUUCUGCUGCACUGAGUUGUUCUUUAUAAACUAUUCUAUCUCCUUCCAAAUGGAAAACUUUAACUUUAUCUAAAACCUUUUUUACCUUUAAAAAUAUGUCAGUAAAUUAUCAAAUGACAAGAACUCUUCCAUAACAUGACAUUAAGUUGACCGUUGAUGACCUUAUCUGUGUGUCUCCAGCUGUUCUGCAGGCUGAUUGCCAUAGCCCUGCACUACUUCUACAUGGCUUGCUUUGCCUGGCUGUUCAUAGAGAUGCUGCACAUCUAUCGCAUGCUCACAGAGAAACAAACAAUCAACUACGGAUCUAUGAAGUUCUACUACUUGCUGGGCUACGGUAGGUUAUUUACUGCUGACUUCUAUCCCCAUCGGUCUUGGAUAAGUUUGAUUGAUUUAUUUCUUAAGUAAUCAGUCAAGCCAAAAUGUUGUUGAUUUUUCUAUUAAUUGGUUUCUGAGAUCACAAAAAAAUAUUACCCCCACUGAGAUGCUAAAUGGCUUGGAACGCUCCAUUUUGCAUGUUAUAGAAAUAAUUGUAACUUUCCACAUUUCAGGUUUCAUUUAUUUAUAUUUAUAUGAAGUUAAAGUUUACUGGUAAACAAUUCCAGUCCUUGUAUUUGAAUAAUGGAGAAAUCAAUUAAUACUUGACAAUGGUUGUUCCAGUUCUACCAGGCAUUGUGGUUGGACUGGCCGUUGGACUGUACACAGAUGCAAAUGGCAAUGCCAGUUUGUAAGUCUCUUUUAAUCAGCUUAAAAGUUUGAAGCAUAAGGGAAUCAAAUGGCGGUGUUCUGACAAUUGAUAUUCUACACUAAUUAAAGUAUUCAUUAUUUUUGUAGCAGGUAUUAUGAUAUUAUGUAAUCUGAUGUCCAUGUUGGUACCAGAUUCUGAAAGUAAUUUAAUCCCUUGUUCAACUGUUUGCUGUUCCAGUUGUUGGCUUGUUACCUCAGAGACAUUUAUAUGGAGCUUUGCUGGAC